AUGGAGAUGGCAGCCCUGGGAAGACCAUUCCAGCUCGGCACGCUGUACAACUGCCGGAAGGACGCUCUUAUCCCCGCUAUAACCUUAUGGGAUCAAGAGCAGCUACAGAAGAAUAAAAGUGUGGAAACACAAAACAAAACUGAAUUUGAUGUCACAACAUCAGAUUCAAUUGAGGAGAAGUCAUAUUCAUUAAGGAUCUCUGGCUCUCUGAAACUAAGUCUCUUGGGAGGACUAGUGGAUGUAGGAGGAUCAGGAAAAUAUUUCAAAGACACAAAGAAAUCCAACAAACAAGCCCGUGUGACUCUUCAGUACAAAACAACGACUACAUUUGAAACAUUAACAAUGUCUCACCUGGCUCGUGGACAGGUGGCUCAUCCUAACGUGUUUGAAGAUGACACUGCCACUCAUGUUGUGACGGCCAUCUUGUACGGAGCUGGUGCCUACUUUGUGUUCGAUAGAGAAUCAUCAUCAGAAAAUGAGAGGAAACAAGUGGAGGGGGAGGCUAAACUCACCUUCAGUAAACUGAAAUUCCUUGACGGGAAUGCUGGGGUUGAGGCUUCAAUCAACCUGGACGAAAAAGACAAAUCAGCACUUGAGAAAUUUAGCUGCACAUUUCAUGGGGAUUUCAAGUUACCCACCAACCCAACAUCCUUCAGUGACGCUGUGAGAGUUUACAGAGAUCUUCCAAACCUGCUGGGAGAGAAUGGAGAACAUGCUGUUCCACUCAUGGUGUGGCUGUACCCUCUGUGUAAGUUGGAUUCAAGAGCUGCAAGACUGGUAAGAGACAUCAGCAAUGACCAGAUCAGAUACUCAUCAGAUGCCAUAGAGAGUUUUACCCAGACAGAGAUGAGAUGCAGAGACAUACUGAGAGACACUGCAGCUGCAGCAUUUCCUGCCCUGGCAAAGAAGGUUCAGGAUUUCAUGCAGAUGUGCCAUCAGUACAAGCUUGACCUCAUGCAGAAGCUCGGGUCAGUGCUUCCUUCAAUCCGAGGGGGUGGGAAAGAGGAGAAUGCUCUAUUAGACAUUCUUAAAACACACGAGAAUUCUCCAUUCAACAGCAGAGACCUGGAUCAGUGGCUCACAAACAAGGAGAAGGAAUCAGAAACACUGAGUUCUUACCUCAAGCAACUGGAGAAACAAGGUGCAAAUAUGGAUGACAAUUUGCAUGACCUCCUGUCUGAUUUAGGUGUCAAAAAUGUUGUAAGCUUUUCAUUUACUUCUGUAGAUGGGCCUGAUAAUUUCCUGGUGAAACUGUCAAGUUACCUCAAACCCUCAGCGAUGUUGAAUACAGCUGCAGAAUCAUCUGAUCUACAUGCUACAAACACAGAGUGGCUCUCCAGUGAUACUAAACAAAAAAUGAGGGGACAAUUGAAACUGUUUGGAGAACUGAAGAAGAUGAGCACCAGUAAUGACGCCAAGUUCAUAAUUAUGUCAAAAUACGAUGAGAGUCAUCCUGGGGCGUGUAUUUUCAUAUAUGAAGAUGGAUGUGAUGAUGCAAUCCGCUUUGUUCCUCCAUCAAAACCUGCCACUCCAACCACUACUGGUGUUUCACAUGACAGCGUAACAGUUCAGGUGUCUGACCCAGACUCUGCCACUGUAGAGUACAGAGUAGAAUACAGAGAGAAACAGCAUCAGGAGACUGAAUGGAAAUCCCACCCAGUGCAGAGGAACGAAAAGGCAGUAACUCUGUCAGGACUGAAGCAGGGGAUGGAGUAUGAGAUCAGAGCCACAGCUGUGGGCAAACUCAGCUACGCUGUCAGCAGUGAAGUCCGUAGUGCUGUAACCCUCCAUCUGCCAACACAGACUCAAGACACAAGAUGCAAGAGUUCUCAUUCUCAGUCAUCAGCUGUGAUUCAGGACAUGAUCUCCAAAAGUGAUCCCAUCCGUUCAGGAUGUCCAGCUGUCUACCAGCUGAAACCAAAGAAAGAGAAGUUUGGAACUCUGAGAAGGAUGACUGUUGGUGAAAAGAAUGAGGAAAAGAGCAAUAAAACCGUCUUACUUGUGGGUGAAACAGGAACGGGAAAAUCUACUCUGAUCAACGCUCUGGUCAACUACGCCAUGGGAGUGAAGUGGGAGGAUGAGGUCUGGUUUCAGAUCGUAGAGGAUGAGAACAGAGAUCAGUCAGUAAGUCAGACAUCAGAUGUGUUUGUGUACCAGAUCUUUGGGUUUGAAGGCAAAACUCUGCCCUACUCUCUGACUCUCAUUGAUACUCCUGGAUAUGCGGACACCAGAGGGAUCGGAAGAGAUGCUCGUGUCAGUGAACAAUUAUUUAAGUUGUUUAGAUCAGAGGAUGGAGUUAAAGAAGUUGAUGCUGUGGCUCUGGUGCUGAAGGCAACAGAAAAUAGAGUGAGUGACAGAAUGGCGUACAUCUUGAAUUCAGUGAUGUCUCUGUUUGGAAAAGACAUGGAUAAAAGAAUUGUCACUCUCUUCACACACUCAACUGCACAGACACCUAAGAAUGCUCUUGGAGCGAUCAAAACUGAAUUAAGUGCACUAAAAAUUCAAUGUGCCACAAAUAAGUGUGAUCAACCUGUUCACUUCCUUUUUGAUAACAGUCAGAAUGCAGAAAGAACAGCAAAAGACAAACGCUCACUGAAAUUCAGUGCUGAAACAUCACAGGAGGGAAUGGAAGAGUUCGCCGCCUUUCUAGGAAAGAGUACAGCACACAAAGUGGGGAAGACUUUGGAAGUUUUGAAAAAACGCAUUCAACUGACGGCCUGCAUCCAAAACCUCCAGGACAGAAUCAAGGUGAUUGAACUAAAACAGACUGAAAUCAAACAGACUCAGGAAGCCCUGAAAAGGUGUAAAAAAGAGCUGACGAAGAAUAAGAAUUUUACUGUAAUGGUUGACGAGCCUUACAAAGAUAAAGUACGCAUUGAAACUGCAGGUUGGUGGCUUUUUGACCAUUCUGCCACCCGCUGUACAUACUGUGAGGAAAACUGUCACUACCCUGGAUGCACAUUUGCGCCAUCUCCUCCAUGGUGUGAGGUCAUGAUAAAUGAGAUAUGUACUUCAUGUAGCAACAAGUGUCAUGUAUCCAAACAUGUGAAGGACACAUAUAGGUAUGUGACUAAGACACGGAAAGUUGAAAAGACUUUAGAGGACAUUAAAAACAAGUUUGAGGAUAAAAGUGUGGAGCUAGAAGAUACUAAGAGCAUUCUGGAACAAUAUGAGAAUGACAACAAGAAACUGUUUGCAGGGUGGACCCAGUUGCUGGAAGAGGCCUACCAACAUGUUAUGACACUGAGUCAGAUCGCCCUGAAUGUUAAUUCACUGUACACUCAUGUCCACUUGGACUUCCUGAUUGAGAGGAUGAAGGAGAAAGGAGACCCAAGGAAGGUCCGGAUACUGGAGAGAAUGAAGAGUCAACAGAAUCCUGCAAUAAAGGCAGCAAUGAAGUACUCCAAGAACUGA